AUGUGUCAUCUAAAUGCGCCUCUGAAGGCUAUCCAAAUAAUACAAACCCCGGAACAGGAUGACAUUGUGCCUCUGAUCUCGGACCUCAUCGCGAUGGGAAUGACUGUCGAAUUGCAGGCACUACUGCCAAAACUCAAGCUACCUUCCCCAUGGGGAGCUCUUACCAAAGAAGCAGCAUUCUGUGGAAAACUAGAGAUUUUCCAACUCCUUUGGGAGCGAUUAAAACGCCAUAAUACGCAACGGAGCGAACAAUAUUAUGUUAUCUCAUGUGCUUGUGAGUCAAUCAGGGGCGAGAAUAUCGAAGUUCUGGAGUACCUAGCUCCUAAAGUCCAAAUCGAACCAAGAUAUCAUUUGAGGGAAGGAGUGGAUUACAUGAAACUCGGUGCGAAUUCAGAGUCGUCGCUAGUCUUCGAUAUAUGGAAGAAGAAAGCAGGUGAUUUCGAAUCUCACUGUCUUAUUUAUGAGAGCUUACUCGGAAGUUUGACGGAGUCUGCUAAGCAAGAGCGCUUUGCAGACCUAUUGGAAGAAAACGUGACUUGUGGCCGUCUCUCGCGACAUCAGCUAAGCCUUGCAUUGAGGCGGAUAGCCUCAACGACCUGCGCUCCUUCAAUAGCACGCGUAUUGCUCAAGAAUGGGGCAGUUGUGGAUUACAAGACCAAGAGCACGAAGGGAAGUGAACUUAUCAGGACCCCAUUAUUGAUGGCAGCAGGCAAGAACACGAAAGCAGGAGCCGAGCUGAUGAAAGUUCUGCUUCUCGCGGGUGCAGAUCCGAAUGCAUCUUAUCGACCAAAGAAGGACGGGGGGCCUAAAUCUGUGAGCAUGGAGAUUGGAGCCAAAAGUAUCUCGAAGUGGCUACCGUUUAGCUGGAAUGAGCUUGUUGAAUGGACAGCGGCGGAGCGAUCGAAUAAUUUGCAAGCCAAGGGCACCCGUCCUAUCGACUCAUAA